AUGCGCCGGCUGCCUCGGCGAAUGGCUGUCAGUUCUGGGAAGAAGGGUCCCUGGGAAAGAGCUUGGCAAGACUUCGUGCGCCUGGACCGCAAUGCAGAACUCCACGGCUCCCGGCGCAUCGGUGUCGGUUGUGCUGACUCCGAUGUUGAUGUGGUGAGCUCCUUGACUCUGAAACAGCUGGUGGAUAUGCUGAGGUCGAAUGCAUCAGCAUCACCCGCUCGGGAAUUUGAGCUGCUUGAGCAUGUCAGCUGGGCGCGGGUUCCACGAGUAAUUCUCAAACAUAAGCUGACCAACAUCGAGGUCGACGUCAUCAACUGCCAGCUCGAUCAUCAGUCGCAUGAGAGGGACGAGGUGGUGCAAGUGCUGCUCGAUGCUUGUCCGUUGGCUCGCGACUUCGUGGUUCGCAUCGGUGAGUGGGUACAUGCACAUACGGCAGUGAUGCCGCCCAAGCAAGGCUUUCCUAACACCUACACCUUUCGCAUGGUCGGCUUCCACCUUUUGCAAACCCGGAAGCCUGGGCCCUUAUUGCCUGCGCUGGCUCCAAGCGGCGCAAUUCUGAGGGACAUCCCAAUGCUGGAAACUCACGAAGAUGUCCGCCAACUUUUUGAAGACUGGCUGAGCCUGCUGGUGGAAGCUUCGGCCCUAAGCUGUUCCUAG